CAGGUCACGUGACACAGAUCACGUGCCGGUUCCUGGCGCUUUGCUUUUCUAGCCCGGGGGACCGGCCAGUGGGGUUCUUUUGGAGUCCGGAGCAAGGCGACAUGCAGACUCCGAAGCCAGAAGAGGCAAAAGAGGAGGAGGACCGUACUCCACUUUUACUGUCCGACUCUCAACCCAGUUCCAAAGAGGUGCCCUUAUGGUGUUCUGCUCGCCUCAGUUUAGCAAUAUGGGCCUUCUUUGGAUUCUUCCUCUUGUAUGCACUUCGUGUGAAUUUAAGCGUUGCCUUAGUGGACAUGAUAGAACUAAAUACAAGCUUGAACAAGAAUAUCACCUCAAAUGUGUGCCCGGAGCAUUCUUCCACUCCAGUAGCUCCUCGUAACACUACGGGAAAAAGCUAUCCUUGGGGUGCUGAUAUGCAAGGCUGGAUCCUUGGGUCCUUUUUCUAUGGCUACAUCAUUACUCAGGUUCCUGGGGGAUAUCUGGCACGCCGAUUUGGGGCAAAGCUGCUGCUGGGAUUUGGCAUCUUGGGUACUGCUGUUUUCACCUUGUUCACACCAUUAGCAGCAGAUCUAGGAGCUGGGUUCCUCAUAGCAGUCAGAGUUUUAGAAGGUUUGGGUGAGGGUGUAACGUUCCCAGCCAUGCAUGCUAUGUGGUCUAAUUGGGCUCCUCCGUUAGAACGCAGUAAACUUCUUAGUAUUUCAUAUGCAGGUGCACAGCUAGGAACGGUUGUCUCACUUCCCUUGUCUGGUGUAAUAUGCUUUUAUGUAGAUUGGAGUUAUGUAUUCUACAUAUUUGGUACCUUAGGUGUGUUGUGGUUCCUCUUCUGGAUAUGUAUGGUUAGCAAUACACCUGAAACUCACAAGACAAUUUCCCUGGCUGAAAAAGAAUAUAUUUUGUCUUCUCUUUCACAACAGCUUUCUACCCAAAAAUCUGUGCCUUGGAAAGCCAUGUUGAAAUCGGUUCCACUGUGGGCCAUUGUUGUUGCACACUUUUCUUAUAAUUGGACAUUCUACACUCUCCUUACCCUGCUGCCUACAUACAUGAAGGAGAUUUUGAGAUUUGAUGUCCAGGAGAAUGGAUUCUUAUCUGCACUUCCUUAUUUUGGCUGCUGGGUUUGUAUAAUUGUGUGUGGUCAGUUUGCAGACUAUUUACGGGAAAAGAAAAAUAUGUCAACAGUCUGUGUUCGCAAAACAUUUACAGCAAUAGGAAUGAUUGGACCUGCAGUAUUCCUCAUGGCGGCUGGAUUUAUAGGUUGCAAUUAUGAAGUGGCAGUUGUAUUUUUAACUAUAUCAACAACACUUGGAGGGUUCUCCACAUCAGGUUACAGUAUCAACCACUUGGAUAUUGCACCAUCCUAUGCUGGCAUCCUCCUUGGAAUCACAAAUACAUUUGGUACUAUUCCAGGAAUGGUGGGACCACUUGUUGCUAAAGCUCUGACUCACAGUAACACUAUAGAAGAAUGGCGGAACGUGUUUUAUAUUGCUUCUGCCCUUAACUUAUUUGGAGCUAUUUUCUUUGCAUUGUUCAGCAGUGGAGAAGUGCAAAACUGGGCACUAAAUGGUUACCAUAUACAUAGGAACUAAAGGAAUUCUGGAGAAAAUGACAAAGCAUUACAAUUACAUCACUCGGAAUGCCUUUUAUGGUUCCUCUCCUGGAAUUGUAAAGACAUUUUACAUUUUUAAUAUGCUGAUUUUUGAAUUAAACUAGGAUGUAAUCCAACAGACUUAUAUUUCAUUUGGUAAAUAUAUAAAGAUGUGCCAUAUUUUAAUCUAUGUUAUCUACUUUUUAAAUAUUUAUUUAUAAAAUCAAUGGAAUAUGAGUGAUUGUUAAAAUGCCAGUAAGUUGUAAUGAAGGGAUAAUAUAUAAAAAGAAAGAAAAGUGUUUGUAUUGUCUCAAGAAUUGUUACUAUUUUACUUGUAUUUUUCAUUAAUUUAAACAAAUGGAAAUUAAAUGUUUGUUUAAAAUGUACAUGUUCCCCCAUAAAUCUGUUGUGAAGGUUCCACAAAUCAAGAAAGCCACACCCUGAUGAUUCAGGAAUAUAAGCCCAAAUCCUCAGUUGCCUUCUGUCAGGAAAAAAAAGUUUGAAAGCAUGGCAUUUCAUUUUCAUCUCUUACUUCAAUUCCAGUAUUAGAAUUGAAACUCCCUUUAUCCAAAUAAAGAUCACAGAAGCAUAUUAAUAUUUGUGGGCAGCAACUGGCAUGAAGAUGUUUAAUUGUAAUUGAGGAUGAAUGAGUAGCCAACCACUCAGGCUUUCUUCAGGGAUUUGAUGUGCCCAUGUACCAUUAAAAACUGCUAUAACCUCACUUGUACCAAUCUACAUUGCAAUAAGCCCUCUGUCAGUUUGCAUGACUACAACAUCCAGAACAUCUAUACAACCGGUGUUGUGUCACACCCUUUUCAUAGAAUCCGUUCUCUUAAACUGCAUUUUUGAGAUUGGUGCACUAGGAGACUUUCCUGCACCUAUCUCUAAGAGAUCUAGAAAUAUCAGGAACUUCUAACUACUUACUUUAGAGAGAAAAAUAUUAGGAAUGGUAGAUAAUUUAAGACUAUAUACAGAAUAUUGUGGGAUUAACUAAUCGAAUUUAGUAAUGAGUAAAUAUGCACACAAUUGUAUAAUGAAAAUCAAAACUGAAAUAAUAUUCAAAGAAGGGAUAGUUGUAGAGCAGGGCUCUCAAACUCCCAGCCCACAGGCCAGAUGCAUCGUGUUCUGACCAUGCCCAGGCCCUGUUUAGCGAAGGGGGGGAGUCCCAAUGUGAUGUCACCGUGACGAUGUGAGUUUGACACUCCUGUUGUAGAGGCUUCCUUUCUGUGACAUUGUGAGUUUAAAUGAAGUAGUAGAUA